UGCAGCAUCAAAUGGGCACUUGGCACUCCUCAAGUAUGCAUAUAAGAAUGGGUGUCCAUGGGAUGAAAACACUUGCCAUAAUGCUGCAAGGAAUGGUCAUUUAUCAGUCCUCAGGUAUGCACAGAGAAAAGGCUGCCCAUGGAACAAGGACACGAGCUACUACGCUGCAAUGGGUGGCCGCUUGCAUGCCAUUCAAUGGCUCCACCAACAUGGGUGUCCAUGGGAUGAGGGAACCUGUAAAUCUGCUGCAAAAGCUGGCCAUUUGGAAAUCCUGAAGUAUGCUCAUGAGAAUGGCUGUCCUUGGGAUGCAAUGACUUGCAAUCUUGCUGCUAAAUGUGGCCAUCUGGAGGCACUAAAAUAUGCCCACAAAAAUGGAUGUCCAUGGGAUGAAGAGGCAUGUGCCCUUGCUGCAGGGAGUGGUCAUUUGGAAAUCCUGAAGUAUCUGCACAAGAAUGGCAGUCCCUGGGAUGAAAGGACAUGCAGCAGUGCUGCUCAAAAUGGCCAGCUUGGAAUUUUGCAAUAUGCCCAUGAGAAUGGCUGUCCGUGGGAUGGGACGACAUGUGCAGCAGCAGCGGGGAUUGGCCAUUUGGAAAUACUCAAGUACGCUCAUGAAAAAGGCUGCCAUUGGAGCAGUUUUGCAUGUGACAGAGCUGCUGGAAAUGGUCACUUGGAUGUGCUCAUGUAUCUCCAUGAAAAUGGAUGUCCUUGGGAUGAAGGAACAUGCAGCUCUGCCACAAGAAGUGGUCAUUUGGAAAUCAUAAACUAUUCUUACGAGAAUGGUUGUCCAUGGAAUGUCUAUGCAUGCAUGAACGCUGCAGCAGGCGGUCAUUUGGAAGUCCUAAUGUAUGCUCAUGAAAAUGGCUGUCCUUGGGAUGAAAUCACGUGCUGGUUUGCUGCCUACAAUGGCCAUUUGGAUGUUCUAUGGUUAUGCCCACAAUUCUGGGUGUCCAUGGGACGAAAGCACAUGCACCCAUGCUGCUAG